UACCUAAAUCGUAUCAAUAAAAAAUUAUUUAAAAAGAAUAACUAACAGAAUUUUACAAAUAAUACAAAAUUUUGAUAUGUGAUACGAAAGAUAUAAUAGGGAUAAAAAUGUUAUUUAAAAUUUUUAUUUCUCAGAACUUUGCUCUCAUAUAGCAAAACAAAUUGAAAUUUAGUUAAAGAUAAAUGGCUAAUAACAAUAGCAAUUCUUUAAAAAAAAAAAAUUCUAAAUGAAAAAAAAAAGUGGGGUGAAAAAGACUGAUUUGAAGGAGAAGCCCAUAUAUGAACGAGGGUUUCUACUUUAUUUUCAUUGAAAAUUGGUAUAAACACUACAAACAUUUUUUCUAAAUUUCCAAAACUUUGAUGGUUAUAUUGUAGAUUAUGCAACAUAUCUUGCUUGAUAUUCCAAGUCUUGGUUUCUUCACAACCUAUGCUGUUCUGAUUCUCUUCUGGGCAAUGAUUCACUAUCAGGCGCGUGCGAUAUCCACCGAUGGACUAAAGCCAAGCUUCUUCACAAUUAAUGCAAUUGUAUAUGUAGUUCAGAUAUCUCUUUGGUUGGUUUUGUGGUGGAACCCUAUUCGAGUUAUGGUAAUCCUAUUCCUAUCUAAGAUGUUCUUAGCAGGUGUUUCAUUGUUCGUCGCCCUUGGAUUUUUACUUUACGGUGGAAGGCUUUUGCUAAUGUUGCAUCGCUUUCCAGUAGAAUCUAAAGGGCGUAGAAAAAAGAUGAAAGAGGUUGGUUGUGUGACAACAAUAUGCUUUACGGGUUUCCUCAUCCGAUGUAUCAUGAUGUGCUUUGCUGCUUUCUACGAGGGCGCAAACCUUGAUGUGAUGGAUCAUCCCAUCCUUAAUCUCAUAUAUUACUUGUUGGUAGAGAUAUUGCCGUUUUCUCUCGUUCUGUUCAUCUUGAGAACCCUACCACCAAAACGACAUGUACACGAAAGUUAAUGAUCAUCAGACCAAUUUUAAUCCCAAAAUUCUCUGAAGAAUCUCAAGCUUUCUAUCUCAUUUGGAUGUUAGCUUUAAUAAUCUAAGCUUUUGAUCUUGAUGGUCUUCUCCAUUGACGGGCUUUUGAAUAUAUCUGUUUGA